UAAAAGCUAUACCUCGGUCGCGUCACACACCCCCACACCGUCCCAUUUUCCAUCCACUUCCAUUCCAUUUCCUUCUCUUCUUCCAUUCCAUUCCGUUCUUCCCAUCUAUCAGCACAAUGGCCUCCUACUCUCGCGUCUCUCUUCCUCUCCUCCUCUCUCCUCCACCUUCCAAAAGAUUUCUUUCGAUGCCAACGUUUCUCUCGGCGAAGCAUUCUGGACACCAGCAUGCAGUUUCCGGCGCACAAAACGGUCGGCCAGGCUUCCUGCGGUAUGGAGUCAACUGUAGUUCAAUGGGAUGGGUUUGUUAUAAGUUUCUAAUAGCUACUGUUUUCUUUUCUUUUUUUUGUUUGUUUAAUUCUAAUUUUCUCGAGAACUGUGAUUACUGCAUUAGAUCUGUGAGCAGCAAAGGGUGUCCAGAAAUAGUGGUCCCAAAAUCGGUGCCGGUUCGUGUUGCUCACGAGCUCCUUCAAGCCGGUUAUCGCUAUCUGGACGUCCGGAAGGUGGAUGAGUUUAAUGCUGGCCAUGCAGUGGGUGCUAAGAACAUCCCUUACAUGCUCAAGGUUGGGUCAGGGAUGACAAAAAACCCUAACUUCUUGAAGGAAGUGUUAGAAGUUUUCAGAAAGGAUGAUGAGAUAAUCAUUGGAUGCGAGAGUGGGAGAAUGUCACUCAUGGCUGCAGCUGAACUUUCAUCUGCUGGUUUUACAGGCAUUACAGACAUUGCAGGUGGUUUUUCAGCAUGGAUACAGAAUGGACUCCCAAUCGAGCAGUGACACCGAUCAGGCCGGUACAUGUAUGGCUGUACAUGCUUCCAGGGUGGUAAAAUGAGACAUGAGGGGCAGCUUCUUGAUAAUGGUUUUGGAGAACAAAUACUUCAACCUGUCAUCAUCUAAUUUUCCUUCCUAAUAGUUGUCAGCCUCUUGGGCAGAAAUAAAAUGAUCCACUAGCAGCUAAUAAUCAGCAGAUGUGUGUAUAGAUUGGAAGUACAUCUGCAUGAAGAAACUCCAUUUGCUAUGGUAAAUUUCAUGAAACUAAUUAGGAAAUAUAUUUAGCUGUCUUUGGUGGUGUAUCUAAAUAUUUGCUUGCUUUAUAUUAUCGUGCAGAUAGUGAUGCUUUAUCAAAGUUAUAACCAAGUUAACAACUAA